UCACAGAGCAAACAAAGAUUGGAAUCUGGCCCCAGAGCGUUCAGGAAGCAUGUAAUGUACUUGACUUGCUUUUUACCCUCUCGCUUUAGACCACUGAAUUCCUGUUUUCAUGGCGGUAGCAAGGUGAGCCUAUCUCCUCUCCCUGCCGGUAGCUUUGGCAUGUUUCAGCUGUUGGCACUCAGCGUCUUCCUCCCUCUGAAACAUCUCCCAGGCCCGGCGCAGAAACACUUUGCUUUCAGCGCCGUCAAGUUUUCACAAGCGGUGAAGAAAGACCUGCCGUGGGUGUGACAGCAACAACGUCGGCUGCACAUCCUUUGCUCUGCAAACCUCACACCUCUGCACCACCCGCCCCCCGAGAGCACUUUCUCCCGCUGCCGCAGAGGAGACGCGAAUGUGCUCAGGGGAGGAGCGGGGUAUAUAAGUAAGAGCGGAAAUGCCCCCUGACAGAAGCGGUGGGGCGACGACGUCUGCAGACGACUCAGCGUGGCAGCAGCAUGAAGGCAGAUCGGAAAUUGCUCUUCCUGGUGCUGCUGUUCCUCCCCAUUGGGAAGGCUGCAGGCCAGCUCCAGUCUUUGAUCAUUGGGGGACGUGACGCAUUGCCUCACUCCAGGCCCUACAUGGUGUCUAUCCGGCUCAAAGGCACUCACUCCUGCGGGGGAACCCUAGUCCACAAGCGCUGGGUGCUGACCGCUGCGCACUGCUACGUCGACCCGUGUAAGGAUUCCAUCAGGGUGGUGGUGGGUCUCCAUUGGAGGAAGGCUGUGAGAAAUGCCCGAGUGCAGGUCUUCACUGUCGCGGAGUUUGUCCGGCAUCCUUCCUACAACAACGAGACCAUGGUACAUGAUAUCAUGCUGCUCAAGCUGGACAGGAAUGUGGCUUGGAACAAGGAGACGAGCCUUCUCCCGCUGUCCAAGAAGAAGCCAGCCCCGGGGACGCUGUGCAGCGUGGCUGGCUGGGGGAUUUUCAGACAAAACAGCAAGUGUUCCCCCGUCCUGCGCGAACUCGACGUCAAGGUGAUGGACAGCAGGAUGUGCAACAACAGCCGGUACUGGCAUGGCGAGGUCACCGGCACCAUGAUGUGCAUCGAAGGGCUCGAGAGGGGCUCUGCCCCCUGCAAGGGUGAUUCCGGGGGCCCUGUGGUGUGUGGCAAGAAAGCGGAGGUGGCCGGCGUGCUCUCCUUCACGGGCAAAAGCUGUGUCGACGUGUUCAAACCGGCUGUCGCAACGGCGGUCUUUAAAUACAAGAAGUGGAUCAAAAAAAAUCUACUUUAGGGCCAAGCCCUGUGACUGCAUCAUCUGUAAGCUUGCCUGUCCAUCUCCCCUUCCCUGUAUUGACCCCUAGUGGCUUCCCUAUGCUGCCCAGGUUAGAGAUCAGCUCACUCACCCAGCCGCAUGUGCCUCAGCCAUCCGUCUGGGCACUGCUGGUUCAAACCCCCGCAAGCCCUCCCCCCCGCAUACUUGUUCUCUUACAGAGGCGUCAGCUCUGUCCUUCUCCCUCUCGGGCCUGGCAUGCAAAGUGUCUGCCUGCAUCCCUACAUCAUGCUUCCUGCUGCUGAUUUGAAAUAAAAGUGAAACCUCA